AUGGCCGCCAUCCCCAAAACCCAUAAGGCUGUUGCGACGCCCGCCAAACGCGCGCCACUCCUUCUCAUCGACCGCGAGACCAGGCUCCCUGGCGAAGGGGAAGUCCUCAUACAGAAUCAGUGGACAGCCUCGAGCCCUCUUGACCUCCAUCGCGCCGACGGCGGUCUCCUCUGCACGUACCCGGAGGUUAUGGGCGGCGGCGCCGCGGGCACCGUUGUGACCGUCGGGUCGGGCGUCGAACGCCUCCGGGCUGGAGACCAGAUCUUCACCUUUUCGUUCCACGACUUCGGCGAACGCGCGCACCAGGACUUCGCCACGGUGCCCGAAUACUUGGUCUCCAAGCUGCCGGCCAACGUCACACCCCAGGAGGCCGCGACGGUGCCGACGAACCUGAUCACUGUGUUCCACGCCGUGACGGCGGAUCUAGGGCUGGAGCUGCCGUGGCCGAGGCCGGCGAACUGGGAGCCCAAGGAGAAGGAUGAUGCGGUGCUUGUCUGGGGUGCCGCAAGCAGCGUGGGUGUGUAUGCAGUGCAGGUGCUGCGGCACUGGGGGUACCGGAACAUUCUAGCCGUGGCGAGCGAGAAGCACCAUGUCCAUCUCAAGGAGAUUGGCGCCAGGGAAACAUUCAGCUACCGUGACGACGACAUCGUGGACAAGCUUUUAGGGUUCGUCGGCUCAAAAGGCGUGCCGUUCGUGCUGGAUUGUAUUGGCUCCGUCGAGGGCACGCUUAGGCCGUUGACCAAAAUUUCGUGCAAGGGAACAAAGGUCGCCGUCAUGCUUCCCGUCAUCGUUCGGGACUCGACGGAGGAUGUCGAGCCCGAGUAUGAGAUGGACGUAAGUCGGGUUCUCACCGACGAGUGGGCCGAAGGCGUCGAGCUGCGCGGAGUGAGGACGCAUUUCUACUUGGCUAACAAAUUUUUCAAGGAGAAGAUGCAGAGAGAGAUUGUGCCCACGCUCCUAGAGCAGGGGGUCAUCAAGCCGAACAAGCAAAAAAUUGUCGAGGGCGACACGAUGCUGGAGCGGGCGCAAAAGGCGAUCAAACUGCUGAGGAGGAAAGACCCUAGCGGAGAGCGUCUUGUAUGGAAGGUAUCGGAUCUGAAGCUGUAA